CGCCUAGAUGCUCGAUCUUCCCCGUGUCUCUUCCUUUUCGCGAAGUUAUUCUGUGUUUCCCUCUGUUAACGUUCUGGUUCCUCUAACCUCACCCGCAAAAUAUGCGGAACACGCCGCUCGCUCGAGGGAUUUGCCCCGUCCCGCUUCUCUCCCGGUGCUCGUUGACGCAGAGAAUCCCUGCCUUCCGGCAAGUAUCUCCUCGGUUUUCUGGGCUUCCGACCGAAACGCGGCACGAAUCUCUUUCCCCAGAGUCUAUUUUGCCCGGAAAAGGGCAGGUGCCGAGCGGCUUUCUCAGCACCUACACCAGGGCUUCAGAAAAAAGAUGUGAUGCUAACCGACUUGCAAACAGCAUAACGCAUUCUUCUGCUGUGGCCGCGUCCACAUCUUUCGUGGCGUCUUCGUCAAGAACGCGACAUGGUCACAGCUGCACCCCAAACCCCCGCAGGGGAGGCGCUCCUGGAGCUGGAACAACCCAGUGGGCAGUGACUAACGAACAAAACCCUCUCGAGUUUGAUUCGGACAUACAUCGGCUGUGCGAAUCUUCCUCCUCUACUGCAUCUUCUUGCCACGGAUCAAUGGAGAAAGCAAUACACUGUGGGCGGCGACUGCCGCUCCAUUUUUGUCCAGUCGAAGGUCGCUCGUUCCAACGCUACCCGUUACCGCAAAGCUUCAAGUGUACAUACAUCUCGGAGCCUACCACGGAAGCGUUCCUGCCGGCUCAUAAUUCUGUUCGGCGUGAUGUCUCUUCAUUUCCACGGGUUUGUCCGCCUCGUUUCCCCUUUUCUUUUUCGUGUUGUGCCUUUUCGUCUUCUUCUGUCUUCUCUUCGUCCGCCUCAUCGGCCGUUUCGUGGGAGGUUUCUCGCGAAAAUGCUCCACUGUCGCGGAGCCUCUUGAACACCAGGGAGGUUGCCCGGACUAACUUACAAACCGCGUUUCGUUUUUCUACUCUCCAGUUUUUCUCGACGCUUCCGCGACAGAACUCUGAGACCGAUCGCGAACACCGACUGGAAGAAUCUCCCUUGCAUGCGACGCACACCACCAACAGAGAAUCAUGGCCGACGCACUUAGAGGCGCUACGCGAGGUCCUGGCAAAAGCAGAGUUCGUUGCUCUCGAUGUUGAGUUAACUGGCUUGCACAUGAAAAACGAGAAAUUCCUUGGUGUCGACCGGUGCUACGAAGCUCACUGCGAAGGCGCCAAAAAUUUCCUGCCUGUGCAGCUCGGACUCUGCGCUGCACGCCGAGCCAGCGCAGCAGAGCCACACAAGUGGAUCCUCACACCUGCGAGUGUGUACAUGUUUCCGCGCGACGCUCGGCUGUUUCAAGCGUCUACGGGGACUCUCAUGUUUCUUCGAGAAAACGGAUUCGAUUUCAACAAGUGGCUGGACCAAGGCAUUCCUUUUCUCCGGGCACAGGAGGAGAAGGAGAAACGUCAGGCCUUGCAGGUCCGCAUCGACGAUCUGGAGCAUUUAAUCAAACAUCGGUCGCGGAGCGCGACGCUGCGAGAGAGUCAGGAAUCUUCUUCCUUGCUGGAUACGAGCAAGACAGAAGACAGAGAACUGGCGGCAUCUGCUCGCGCGGCGAUUCACGCGUGGCUAGCCAGCAGCUCGCCAGAGCCGCUCCACCUUCCUGUGGAAAGCCCUCUUCAGCGACUGCUUCUCCACUCUCUCGUGGCAGCCGAGUUUCCUUCUCUCUACUCGCUUUCCGUCAAAGUUGGCGACCGACGCGUGCUCGCCAUUUACCAGUCCGAAGAAGAGGUGUACGAGGAGCAGCUGCGCGGACUCCGAGAGGACAUCCACAGAGUGGAAGAACUCCGCGGGGUGCGUCAGCUGCUCGACGACGUCUCUGACCAGAAGCUUCUUGUCGUCGGCCACAAUUGCUUCUACGACUUCCUCCACAUCUUCCAGACCCUCUACGCCGACCUUCCCCAGUCUGUCUCCGAAUUUAAGACGACCUGGACGCAGCUCUUUCCGGCCACGUUCGACACGAAAUUGAUUGCAGAGUCUCACGAUGCCCUUGCCCCUCUGCAGUCCCCUGCAACGCUCCAAGGCCUCUGCAGUUUCAUGGGCGCCUUGGCUGUCGCUUCACAGGAGCCUCUUUCCAAAGAAGAGCAAGGAGAAAGAGAACGCGAAAAGCCUGCUCUUGGGAUGCCUGCGCCGUUGCAAUUUCAACUGGAACUGCUUCCAGGCACCAAGUGGACGCUGCCGCCAGCGGUCCAGCCUCUGUCCGUCCCUCCUGUUUCCCUGUUUCCUGCUCGCCCCACAAGAGGCUCCUCUGUGUCUCCGCGAGCGGAAGAAAGCGGCGACAGAUUAGAAGAUGCAGGAGAGAAGGCGAUGACGGGGCGAACGGAGGAACAAACAGCUGCCGUGAGCGCUCAGGAUCAAGACGCAAGUUCAACAACCGUCGAAGAAGAUUUCUCUCAUGACGCUGGAUACGACAGCAUGAUGACGACGAUUGUCUUUCUUCUUCAACUGUCUCACGUGCUUCCUCGACAGGGACUCAAAUGGAAGAAUAUCCAGUUCAGAGCAGAAGGCGGGAGGACGCUGGGGAGGCGGCAGGGCCUUUUAGCCGGCCUGGGAGAGCCACGGAGAAUCGCGAGCGCAGCAUGCAAAGAAAAGCACUCGUCUUCUGGGGUCCAGGAAGGCGAUAAAGAGGAGCGAGUUCAGAGGACAACUGGGCGUCUGACUGCUUCAGAAGAAAUCCAGAACAUCAUGGACAGCACGCAGCGGAAAGCAAUUACCGACCUCCUGCCGCUCUUCGUCAAUCGAAUACGCCUGUCGCGGUCUCAGCCUUCGUCGAUUAACCUGGGAGGCCAAGACGAGCAACUUCAGCAGCAGAAGCGUCUCCUUUUAAUGAGAAAUCAUCCGACGCAUUGGAAAAAGUGGGAAAUCAUGAAAAUAUGGUCUCCGGUUUGGGUGGAUGUACAACCCGUGGACAGCUCCACAUCGUGGAUCGUCGUCCGCGAUGAGGAAGACUUGCAAAACGUCAUGGCCAUCUACGAGAUGCUUCAGAAUCCGGAAUUCGAACUUUUGAACUACGACCAGUAUCGCGCUUUGCAACAACAGCAGCAGCAACGGCCGUAG